AUGUCCGCUAGAUCUGCAGCCCUCAGUGGUCGUAAGGAGCUACUUCAAUGGCUGAACAAGUUGUGCGAGGCAGACUAUCCUGCGGUGGAGUCGCUCCGCGAUGGGGCGGCGUACUGCACCAUUGUCGAGGCUGCAGUAAACCGCGUAGCCCAGAACUGCGCAGCAACACAGUCGUCUGAGGCCCCCGUUACGAAGAGCCGCGCAGACCAGGCGCACGUGUACCUGGGAAAACUGGACUGGUCCGCCACAGCGGCUGUCUGCGAAAACGCUGAUCCGUCACGUGAUUCAGUCUCUGUACGUGAAGUAUGUUUUCACAACAUGAGACUCCUGCAAGAGAUGCUGCAGGAGUGCGUACCCGCCGAGCACCGGAACACGGUGGACGCAAAUCGGCUUGCCACCGGGAAGUUGCAGGACCACGUGGUACUGCUGCGGUGGUUGUACUUGUUCAUGUCAAAGGUACUGGCACAGUACUCGAAAAAGGCACUGGAGAAGAAGGCAGGAGUUGUGGCAGGCACUGUAGAGGGUGUCAAGCUGAACCGCACAGUGCGGCUGCGCAGUCGCCAGGCAAGCAGCAGUGAUCAUCGGGAAGCUCGAGCGUUGGCCCAACCGCACGAAAACAAGGCUGACCUCAUGAGGGAAGAAAACAGCACGACACCUCGCUGGCUGCACGCAGCCCGCAGCGUGUCUGGUACAUCUUCGCGAGAGAGAACACACCGCGAUCGCGGCAAUUCGGCGCGGGACAGUAAUUCGCCAUUUCGCACACCGAUCAGGUCCAACAGCGACCCCACAUCCGCUCACACCUCGUCCAGAGGUGGCUUACCAGACGCAGGCAUCAGGACUAGCUCAAACUCAGCGCGUGGAACACCAGCAACCGGUCCCGCGAAAGGUUAUGUGUCGGAAUCUGCCCAACAGGUUCUUCGUGAAAGGACUGUUCAUGCACACUACACGCGCGGCACCAUCGCCGUUCCUCACGUUUUCCGCUCAACCCUCGUGCGGCUGCGAGAUGAAGUGGAGGAGCUGGAGAGGCAAGUGCUCUACGGACAGGAGCGCCACAACUACCACCUCACGCACCGAGCAGGUGAAGGAGAAACGGACCGUGUGCUCAGUGUAGCAGCAGCCAAGUACGACCAGGAUAUCAGUCUCAGUCAAGAGGGCCGUGAAACUCUCUCUCUGGAGGAGCUAGGGGAGCUGCUGGAGGAGAGAGAUCGGUUGGCACAGCAGUAUGCAACGGUGGACACUGUUGUGACGCGAGCACUGCAAUCGGCAAGGCGUCAAGGCAAACCAAUACCACCGCUCCUGCGUGACCUCGUGGAGCUGCUUCAUCCUGCUUGA